GCUGACUGCUUGUGGCGCGAGAACAGGCGAGCACGCAUUUAUUAAAACAACAUUAGCUAAGAAAGACAAUUAUAUAUAAUGAUUGUUCGGGGUCGGAAAACAAUGUUUCGCGAACGUUUGAUUUUAUGAUUGUUAAAAAUUAUUAAAAAUCAAUACCAAUUGGUAAUUAUUAAAAUAUUUUUAAAAUUUCAAAUACCUUUAAAUUUAUAAUUAACCAACUGCAAUGCAUUUUACUAAUAAAUUACAAAUAAAAAUGUUUAAACCAUUGAGUAAAAUAAAUUUAGGCGUAUUAUGUGCAACAAAAUUGUCUUUAAGUUAUGACAUUUAUAAUCAUACAUUUUCGUUGAUGAAGAUUAACACAGACUAAUUUAGUGGAAAUAUAUUAUUCAUUAAUAAACUAAUAUUCACUGUGUAGCAGUCGAUUGCAGAUUCUCAUUAUUUAAAUUAAAUGUGAGUGAUUGAUAUACUUUAUUUUAAUACCUAGGUACUUGGUUUAUUAUUAUUGAUGUAAAAUGUAUUAAUUGUUCCUAAUUUAAACAGAAAAAAGGAAUUACAAUUUUUUAUCUACAAUAGGUAUAGAUAUUACAAAAGCCUAUUUAAACUCAAUGCAUUAAAAGUAACUUAUGUUGAACUACUAUUAAUUUUUAUCUUCCCUAUAUUAAAGUUAGGUAAUUAAAAGUUACAUUUUGACUGGCAAACAGUAAAAACCACUGGAGACCAAUUGAAUUGGUUUUCAUAUUUAUCAACUGAUGUGAUAACUGUGUUACUUAUUUGCAUAGUCAUUUUUUUUAUUUCUAUAUUUUAUUUAUUAGAAAAAUGUAUACAGAAUUUAUAGAAUAUAAAGAAUGUAUUACAGAAGCUAAUAAAAAAGAUACAUAAUAGUAAUAAUAAUAAACACCUACUUAAACAUAUUGUUUUGAAUUAAAUUUUAAUUCAUUACAGAACUUCUGAAUUUGAUUUAUAGUUAAAAAGUUAAUUUAUAUUAAAUAUAUAUAUAUAUAUAUAUAUACAAUAUAAGUAUAGGUAUAUAUAUUUUUUUUUCAAAGUAGAUAGGUAUAACAUACAUUAGUUUUACUAAUUACUGUCUAUAGUAUGUAUUAGUUAGUAAUCAAAUUUUUGAAUACUAACAUGAAAAAACACUAUAUUUGAAAAAAUAUUUCAAAUAAAAAUGCAAAAUGUUCUUUAUAACACAUAAAUGUGUUCAAAAUUAGAGUAAUCAUUUCAUAUUACGAUAAUUUAGUGCAAUCCUUAUGAUAUGUAAGAAUCUAGAAUGCCUCCCUCCCCUCCUUGAUUCAUUGGACAUUUCUCUAAUAACUGGGACAAUUAAUUACCCUACAAAAAAUUAAUAGUUUACAAAUGCAAAUAAAUGUAUGUACUUUUUAUUAAAUUAAUAAAAAAUAGAUUACAGUCGUAAUCCAUGCAACUACUGGCAUCCUAUUAAGGCACGCGACUUAUGUAGGGCUAAAAUAGAAAUGCUAAUUCCAUAAAACUAAAAAAAUAAGAAUGAUUUUAUAAAUUAUAUUAUGUUCAAUAUGAAUUAAAAAUGUAUUAAGUUUACAUAAUACCUACUAUGAAUAUUUCAUAUAAUCAUACCUACCUAAAUACCUAGUCUAAACAAAUUAACAAAACUAUCUUUUACAUGCUCAUAUUAGAGAACAAAAAACUAAACAUUUUUCUGACAUGAGAUUUAAAUGAUUUACGUACAGACUAGAAUUCAAAUUUACACUGUAAUGUAGAUAAUAUUAUUUUCUUUUUUCUUUGUCUGUUUAAUAUUAUAAUAUAUAUCUGCUUUUUAUAUAGAAUAUAUUCAUUUUAUAAAAACCAAAACCAAUUAUAGAUUUUUUUACAGUGUUAUAAUAUAGGCAAGCUAUAUUUUUAAUAGAAUAAUACUACAUUAUUUGACCUUGUAUACAACUGGUAUUGUAUUCUUGUUUGUUUAUUAUAAACAUGGAAAUGGUAUUAUAUAACAAGCACCUAUCAAUUACAAUCACAUUUUCAAAUCAAAGUUCAUAAGUGAUAGUCUUAUUUAAUGCAUUAUUAUAAUAUUAAUAGAAUAUGAUUAUUAUUAGUUUAUGAAUGUACAAAUUGAUGAAUAUAAUAAUUCAUUUGUCACUCCGGUGAUAAUAACAAAAAAAGAAAUAUUAUAAAUGUUCACUUAAUAUUGUUUAUUUAGGUAUCUUAAAUUAAAAUUAAUGUGAAGUUCAUACAAAAUGAAAAGUUUAAUUUUGAUUGUUGGUAUUUUAAUAUCAGUGACCAAUUGUUUUUCGUCAAAUAUAUUAGCAUUUUUACCAACAAAAGCACGCAGCCAUUAUGGAGCAUUUGAACCAUUACUAAGAGAGUUAGCAGUAAGAGGCCAUAAUGUUACUGUAUUAUCACCAUUUUUAAUGAAAAAUCCACCAUCAUCUUACCAUCAUAUUCAGGUUGAGGAUAAAGAACUUGUGAUGAGUAAGUGUUAAGUAAUAUUUACUAACUACUGUAAUAUAUUACUAUUUACAAUCUAUAUCUAAUAGUUUUGUUAAAUAAUUAUGUUAAUUUGUUUUAUAGAUUUUAAUCCAUUCAGUGUUGCUAAAAAUUUUCAACCAUUUUUAAUGCCAUUUAUGUCUUGGGCUAUAUGGCCAAAGUUUACAGAAAUAACAGUCAAUAAAUCAUCAGUUUUCAAAUUAAUUCAUUCAGAAGACCUCCAUUUUGAUUUAGUUUUGUUUGAAAACUUCUUCCACGAAUGUUUUGUAGCUCUUGGACAUAAAUUUAAUGCCCAUGUGGUUCAGUUAUUCCCAUCUAUUCCAAACGCUGGUGUUGCACAAUGGCACGGUAAUCCAUAUGAUGGAACUUAUAUUCCAGAUAUAAAUUCUGGAUACAGUGACAACAUGUCUUUCAUGGAACGUUUGACAAAUACCGCAAUAGCAUUUGUACAUACAGCUUUAAGUUCAUUUUACUAUUUGCCAAAGCAAAGAGAUUUAAUGGAUAAAUAUUUCAACUAUACAGGUUGGGAAACGCGGUCUUCAAUGGAGAAUAUGCUGAAAAAUAUAUCAUUAACAUUAAUGAAUACACAUUUUUCUAUCGGAACAUCAAGACCUCUUGUUCCUUCAUAUAUAGAUGUUGCUGGAAUGCAUCUAAAACCAGCUACUACACUUCCAGAUGUAAAUUAUAUUAUUUAUUAUAGUUGUUACUAUUGAAUAAUAUAAUAUUAUGUGUACUGUUAUUAGGAUCUUCAAAUAAUUAUGGACAGCGCUCUUGAUGGUAUUGUUUAUUUCAGUUUUGGCUCUGUGAUAAAACCAUCACAGUUACCAAAACAUGAUUUAGAAAUUUUCAUAAGACAACUCGGUAAGAUUAAGCAAAAGGUUUUGUUUAAAUGGGAAGCUGAACAUGAAAUAGAUUUUCCGCCAAAUAUAAUCGUUAAAAAAUGGUUUCCCCAAGCUGAUAUUCUAGGCCAUUCUAAUUGUGUACUAUUUAUUACUCAUGGAGGUAUUCAUAGCACUGAAGAAGCUAUAUACUUUGGAGUUCCAAUGUUGGCUGUAUCUGUUUUUGGAGAUCAGUUACAUAAUUCUUUGGUAAUGCAAAACAGAGGUGCCGCAUUACGCAUUAGAUACUCUGAAUUUACUGAAGAUGCCUUUGAAUUAGCUUUGCAUAGAAUUAUUAAUGAAAAAUCGUAAGCUUCUAAAAAAACUUAUUAUGUACAUAUCAUUAUUAGUGUUAAAUGAAAAUUUUUUUUCAGGUUUAAAAAAAAAGCAACAGAAUUAUCAAAAAUUUUUCAUGACCAACCAUUAAAAUCCUUACAGAAGGCUGUUUACUGGAUCGAAUAUGUGUUACGUCAUAAUGGUGCUCAUCAUUUGAAAACAGCUGGCAGUCAAUUGACUUGGUACGAGUUUCUACUACUUGAUGGGUUGUUUUUGGUGGUUAUACUAAGAAUAAUCAUAACUGUAAUAAUGUGGUAUGUAGGUAAAAAAUUGUGGAAACAAUUUUGGAGUUGGAAAUCCAAAAAAGAUUAAGAAUUUUUUUUUAUAAUUUUACUGACCCAAGUUCUGAUAAGUACAUAUGUUUAUAGAAAGUGUUAAAAUCUAACUACCUACAUUAUAUUAAUUAUUAACUAGGCUUCUAAUGAAAUAAUGUCAUUAUUUUUAAUAAAGAUUGAUUAUUUUAUAAAAAUGUAAUUAAAACCAAAAUUUGAAUUAUAUACUAUUCUUGGGAUAAUCGCUUUUAUGUAUUUUUUUCACUGUAUAAUGUUUAACAUUUUAACUCCUAUUAUAAACAAAUUAAUCUAUUUUUUAUUUUAUGUAAGUUAAAUCCAUUAAUGUAUCGGAUGGUAUUGUUAUAUGGUCGGGGGAUCAUUUGUUAAAUAUGAAAUAUUUAAGGAAGAGUGUAGAUUCUUUUGAAUAUAAUUUACUGAAACUCUGGAUCGUAAUGGUUGAUUGAAUUUUAAUAUUAUAAAUAAAUGGAGAUUGGUUUAAUUGUUAGUUUAUAUUUUAUAAGUUAUACCAUUAGGAUGGCUGUUCGCUUCUGUUAAUAGUCAUCGGCCAACUAACUCCUGAUCUGUAGACAGUAAUAUAUUGUCUAUCAGUUUGACCCGCGCCAAGAAAUGCAAAUGUAGUAAAAACUUGUAAUAUAAUAUAUUAUAUAACAUGUUACAUUACCCCCUUCUGUUUUUUUUUUUUUUAAAAAAACAACCACCCUUAAGAUCAUUAUAGACAAUAAAAAAACAGUAAUUUACAAACACAAAAAUAUACAGUAUGAUUCACUAAGUAUGCUU